UGUAAUUAAGUAACAUCUGCAUCAUUUAAAAGUAUAUAAACUGUGCAGGGAGAAUACUCAGCACAUAAUUUGACAGGAAUCAUGUUACGAUAUAUUCUACUCCUCGCUGUGGCUGUUAUCACCAUUCAGGCUACAUCACCACCUGACCCAUGCUGGAAUAAACCGCUAUGCAUGAUGUAUUGUAAAUAUGGUAACCACGUCGACCAAGAUGGCUGUGCUAUUUGUAAAUGUAAACAACCUCCUCACUGCCCAAAAUAUAUGUGUGCUAUGUACUGUGAACACGGAUUUCAAGUUGGAGCUGAUGAAUGUGAAAUUUGUAAAUGCAACCAGCCUCCUCGAGCUGGGUAAGGAUCUAAAGAAUAAUGGAUAAAGUUCAUACAUACAGGAACUAGAAACAAAGAAAUUAAAUGGAUGUGUAAUCAAUAAAAUUCUGUGUGAAAAAGUUUA